GAUACGUAGUGAACAUUUUUGAGGGCAUUUUUAAAAUUUUAAUUCAUUUUGGAAAAUUUUUAAAGUCAAAAAUUUCGUUGUAAAAAUCUGAUGAUCCAUCCAUAGAAUGGCAUUUUUUCUAAAUUUUAAAAUCACUCAUCGCUUAUUCGCUUCAUCACGAGAGAAAACUUGGAAUGAUGACGACAAUACGAGUGCAUCCGGAUAUUCCAAACGCUAAAAAUCGCUCAUAGCUGAUAAUUGACGAGUUCAUCGGCGAUAUGAAUCACGAUGGGGAUAACCUGCUGUACGAGUACGAGUAGAUAUCCCGUACAAAGGCGAUACGUCAUCGUACCGAGUAUUUUAAAUCAAUCGUGCAGUGCUCUGGGGCCACGUAGCAAUUUCUAUGCAUACAUUUAAUUGUACCAUUCAUUUGGUGGUUUAACGAUUGCUCUGUUCGUUCAAACAAAAUUGCUACAUCGUUAUAAAUUUCAAGUAGAAGUGGCAGAUAUAACAAUUGAGAAUUUACGUGAUUUGAACCAACCGGAGAUCGACGAUUAAUCAUCACCAUGGCGCAGAUUGAGGUACAAAUACAGUGGUUGGAAUGCCCCAUUUGUAUGGAACGGUUGGACGAAAAUUGUAAAAUGCUACCGUGCCAGCAUACCUACUGCAAGACGUGCUUGAAGCAAACAUUCGAGCAAAACGGAUCCCUGAGUUGUCCUCAGUGUAGGGAACUUGUUCCGAACAUAACCAGAAGCAAUAUGAUUGAUACUUUACCGACGAAUUUGUUGCUGCGAAACGUAAUCGAAGUAGAGAAAAAGAAUCCUCAAAGACCUCGAAUAAACGAUGAAGGCGAUGAAUUGCAUACCGUGGUAAUGAACUCGAUCGAGGAUUUUCAAAAAGAAAAAGCAGCUGAAAUUAUAUUAAAAGAAAAUGAAGAGUUGCAAACUCAAUUGGCGAUAAAAAGUUCGAAACAAGAUGCCCUCCUUAAAAAUGCUCAAGAUAUGAGAGAGGAGUGUGACCAAUUAUUUAUCCAGAGAUCGAUUGAUGAAGAAAUUUCUAUUCAAGAAAAACGAAGUUUGCUUUUAGAAAAGGAAAAGCCUGAGAUGGACAUUGCUACUUUAAAAUCUGAAAAAGAGGUCUGUUUAUUGAAUCCCGACUACGUAGCAGAUUCAAACUUGAAAAUCCCUGCUUCUAAAAGUGAAAUUAAAGAUGCUGUUGCAGGCGAUUCAUGUAAAGAUGACACGAUUGAAAAGCUCAACAAAAAACUUGAAGAAGUGACAUUUCUGUUGUGGAAUGAAAUUCGUUCCAAGGAGUUGAAUUCAAAAGUUGAAAAGAAUUAUUUGAGUCCGCCUCAUCAGCUCCAUCCGCCUGAAAACUUCAAAAGCGCUCAUAUAUCUCAUCAUCCAUAUCCAGCUCAGCAGUUUCAUUGCUACACGCCACCUCAUUGGAUGUCGAUUCCCACGAGUUCUACAAGACCUGUUGGAUUUACACCUAAUGUUAAUCAUCAACCUACGCAUCAACCAUGUUAUGGACCUCCCCGUCAGUUCUUUCAUGCUCCGAUGAGACCUUUCGCUCCGAUGAGACCUUUCGGCCCUGUGCCAUAUCGAUACCGACCAGGAUAUUCUCAACAGAAUCGCGAUAAAACUCCUCAUCAUGCCUCAGGCUCAAUCGCAGACAAACGUGGCAGAGGUAGUCAUCAUUUGGCACCUUCGGCUGAUUUGAAGAAGUCUUUGAAUCCAGAAUUCGCUAAUAGGAAUGAUAAUCUCAAACGCAGCCAGCAAUCUUUAGGUCUAAUUUUACCUGAUGUUAGAGAUUACGAUCAUAUCGGAAUACAAAUGACCGAUUUGAAGCUUGAUAACGAUGGUGAUUGUUUACAAAAAUCCGAUAAAAAUAUUCGUGAAAGGGCGUAUCAGUUACCUACAUCAAGCAAAGGAGAAGUUGCUGAACCUUGGUUAAUGUUACCUGAUGUACGCUAUAAUUAUGAGAAAGUGCGCUCGCAAUUUUCACGUCGUCAUUUUAGUGUGUCGGAAAAUGUGAAAAACGACGAUGCUGAAUCGUUUGGCAUUGGGCACGACGGUGAAAUCGAAGGUUCGAAAUCGCAUCGUGGAAGAGGCGAAAAUUGGAAUAGUAACACGUCAAAAUCUACCAAGGAUGCGGAUGGUUUUGAAAGCGAUUCGAGUAUUAAUUCAACGACAUCUGUAUCAUCCAAACUGAGUAAAUGCAGCACUCCUGCCGUGUUUAAUGAUAAAAAAAGAUUUUCUUCUCCCAGAGGUAGAGGUACAUAUUUAGAAAAAAAUCGAGUUUCGCCAAGUCAAAAUUUUCAAAGAAAAUCUCGCAAUGAUGUUUCUUCAAAAGAAAUUCCAAGUGAAAAUAAAUCUGAUGCGUUGAAAAAAGUAGUGUAUCCUAGUGAAGAAGACGCCCGUGCUCUGAAAUUGGAUGUAUAUAAACCCUUUAAAUCGCCUUUAGUUUGUUUGGGUAAGACUAAGAAUGGAGCAGAACCUGUAUCUCUUACAGUUGGAUGUAUGGCUGAUAUUUAUGUUUGAAGAAAAUCAUUCGGAUUGUAAACUAGUUUUGUUCUAAUUUAAUUACCUUGAUACUCAUUUUAUUUCGUUUGUUCGUUAAUUAUGUUGUUUUCUUUCUACUUUUCAAGUAUCGUGAAUUUUUUUAUUGAAUACAACUUAAAUGUGUAA